GAUGCCCACAGAGCCUUAGAAUUGUUGGAAGAGUACCAUAGCCAGCUGAUGCAACCACAGGACCGACCUCUGAGGAAUGCCAUCGAGAGAGUCAUUCGGGUUUUCAAGAGCAGACUGUUUCAAGCUUUACUUGAUAUACAAGAAUUUUAUGAGACGACGCUACUUGAUGAUACAAAGUCAGCCCAGCAGAAAACCUUUGAGACUCUGCAGGUUGUAUCAAAAUGGGAACAA